AUGGAGAGACAGGUUCUUCCGCUAUUCCCCGAGUGCCUGGAAGAAAUGACCCGCACCUGGCCGAAACCUUUCUCAUCGAAAAACCCGGUCCUGGGCGGUGCUACGCUGGACUGCGCAGAAAUGGAGGCGAAUGGACUGUCCAAUCUGCCGCAGGUGGAGCCGCUGGUCGCUCACCACCUCCAUCCUGGCCAGAAAGCCUUCAUGACCACAUCCGCGCCUAGCUUCCCGUCAAAGGCGGACGGAUUCCAGUCCUCCAUGACCGACAAGGCAUACAGAUCCGUUGCCCUCGGUGUGCGAGCUCUGAACGCAUCGUCUAUGCUGAUGGCGUAUCAGGCUGAGCUUCAGGAGGAGAUGGCCGGAACCACGGAGCACAAGCUCUGGGACGAGAUGUGCGUGGUGACCGACUUAUGCCUUCGCCUACAUCGCUGUGCUGUCCAGGCUUCAGGAAGGGCGAUGAGUAUCAUGGUCACGCAGGAGAGAGCGCACUGGCUCAACUUGUCUAGCCUCUCACACCGCGAAAAAGUCCAGCUUCUGGAUGUUGCUGUGGAUCCAAAGGGCUUGUUCGGCCCCGCUAUGGCUGCUAUGCAACGCCGCUGUGAGGAAAAGAAGCGGGAGGGUGAGGCUCUGCAAACCUGUCUGCCCAGGAAAGUGCACCCACCUCCUGCCUCAGCGCCCCGCCCAUCCUUUGCACAAGCGGUAGCGCGUGCUCCGCUUGGCUACAGGAUUCCAAAGCGACCCACCCCACCACAGCCCAGACCACCAGCAAAACCCAAAGCUGAGAGUGGAGGAGCAUGGGGUAACAAGCCAGCUGCACCAGUGGACCAGCACGGAAGCCGACAAGCGCCGCCUCGCGCCCGCCUGGGCCACGGGCCGAGGGCACUUCAAAACAAAAAUGCCCUAUUGUUGAAAAACAUAAGGAACACUGUGCACUUAGCGGCGCAGGGCCACAUAAGCUCUGUACCAGAGCCGGCCACGCGUGCAUGCGCAGCUGCCAGAGCGAGGCAGUGCUGCCCUCCACUAGAGGGCAGCAGUGCUCCACUGGUGGCGCUGCAGCCAGCUGUAACACAGCGAAUAGCGCGCUGGCGCGCGUGUAUCGCGUCGCAAUGGGUGCUCAGAACUGUGGAGAAAGGGUACAGGCUCCAAUUUUCACACACCCCCCCUCGAUUCUCAGACAUAAUAUGGUCACAGGCGAGGGGAAAUGCUGCCAGUUUUCUAGAAGCAGAGAUAGCCUCUCUUUUAGAGAAAGGAGCGAUUCAAGUAGUACCUCCAACGCAGAGCCGGAGCGGCUUCUACUCGAGGUAUUUUAUAGUUCCCAAAAAGGGAGGGGGCAUGAGACCUAUACUGGACCUGAGAGCGUUAAACAAACACCUCAGACAGUACAAAUUCCGGAUGCUGACUCACUCAGCACUGCUAAAGUUUGUACGCCCAGACGAUUGGUUCACCACCAUCGAUCUAAAAGAUGCAUACUUUCACAUUCCCAUUUACCCUCCCCACAGAAAGUUUCUCAGAUUCGCCUUUCAGGGGAGGACAUACGAGUAUAUGGUACUCCCGUUCGGCCUCUCUCUGAGCCCGCGCGUUUUUGUCAAAUGCACAGAAGCAGCGAUAGGGCCGCUCAGGGCGAAUGGAAUUCGUCUGGCAACGUAUUUGGACGACUGGCUUUUGGCUGCAAAGUCAAAGGAAGAAGCCGUGACACACACCGAAUACUUAAUGAGACACCUCUCAUGGCUGGGGUUUCAAAUCAACUUGGCCAAAAGUGUGCUGAACCCCAGCCAGUCAGUAACUUUCAUCGGACUGUCCCUAGACUCAGUGGCGAUGAGAGCUCGGCUUUCCCCAGACAGAGUAGAGGCAUUUCAGGCAUGCCUCGCCCAGUUUCGAAGGGGAAAUUAUGUGGAGCUGAGGAUGUGCUACAGACUUUUGGGUCUGAUGGCGUCAGCAUUGGCUGCUAUUCCCCUAGGGAGGCUACAUAUGAGGGGGUUUCAGCGCUGGGUGGCGAAACUCGGUCUGGACCCGCGAAUGUACGCACGCAGGAAAAUUAUUGUGUCAGCUCAGGGUGCGCGGACACUGCGACUGUGGAAGCAUCCGCGCUUCCUGUCACAGGGCGCACCGUUAGGCACGAUCAGUGCCAGAAAAGUAAUCACUACCGAUGCGUCUCUAUGGGGAUGGGGUGCCACCCACGAAGGGAGGUCGGUAAAUGGACAGUGGAGUCCGAGCUUACGCUUGGCUCAUGUAAAUGUUCUGGAGCUCAGGGCAGUAUGCCUGGCUCUACGUCAUUUUCUUCCGUAUGUGGAAAACUCUCAUGUGUUGGUCCGUACGGACAACACGACUGUGGUGGCUUACAUCAACAAGCAGGGGGGCUUACGCUCCCUACAACUUCACAGGCUAGCACACAGACUGAUUAUCUGGAGCAAUGCCAACCUCCUCUCACUCAGAGCAACGCAUGUGCCGGGAGUGUCAAAUCGAGGGGCGGACCUACUCUCCAGGGGCCACCCUCGCUAUGGGGAGUGGAAACUUCACCCAGACGUGGUGAAUAUGGUCUGGAAGCGGUACGGUCUCCCAGCAGUGGAUCUGUUCGCAUCCAGGGAGAACGCACAGUGCCACCAGUUUUUCUCACUGAAGGACAGGGAUGCUCCGCUGGGAGUGGACGCGCUGGCACACGAGUGGCCGCGUGCCCUCCUUUACGCAUUCCCUCCACUAGCUCUGAUAUCCCCUACUCUAAUCAGAGUGAGAGAGGCGGGUCUAUCAGUUAUUCUGAUAGCACCGAAUUGGCCACAAAAGACUUGGUUAGCAGAGAUAACGCAGAUGCUUUACGCUCAACCAUGGCCCCUCCCACUGCGCAGGGAUCUGCUCUCGCAGGCGCGGGGAGAAAUCUUUCACCCUCACCCAGAGCGCCUAGCUCUCUGGGCUUGGCCCGUGAAGGGUUAAAUUUGACGUCAUGUGGGCUGCCUCAGAAUGUAGUAGCUACCAUCCAAAGUGCUAGGGCACCGUCCACACGCACUUUGUAUCAUGCUAAGUGGCG